AUGUCCAACGAGAAGACCCCUCUUUUGCCUUCCAACGCUGGUGGAAUUGAGUCCAGCAAGUACUAUUUUCUGAAGGAUGGUAGUCAACAAGGAGGAACUACGGAAUCCGUCCGAGAUGCUGACGGAGGUCCAGUACACGAGACUCUUCCAAGUGGAUCAACUCCAGAAGAAUUUGCUCCUCGAGUGAUUGGAAGCCCUGCUGUGAAAAGCCGCAAGGGAACUCCUACCCAACCAGCAACAACAACUACUAGUGGUACCGGUAGCGGUGGGAGUUUCCUUUCGGGUCUCUUUGGUGGUGGUGGUAAUAGUGGUGCUAAACGUGCUGAAGCUUCCAACAUGAUCAAGCCUCGCAAGGCUCCUGUCAAGGUUGAACCCAAGGUGUUUUUCGCCAACGAACGUACCUUCUUGGCCUGGAUGCAUCUCUCCGUCAUGCUUGCUGGAGCUUCCAUUGCAAUUUUGGCCUUUGCAGAGGAUCAAAACCCCUUUUCUCAGAUAUAUGGAGUUAUUCUGCUUCCCGUGGCCGUUGCAUUCAUUGUUCAUGCCAUGUACCAAUAUGCUCGCAGGGCUUACAUGAUCCGAAACAGGCUUCCUGGUCCGUAUGAUGACACCACUGCUCCCACUGUCUUGGGCAUGAUGCUGAUGCUCUCCAUCUUGGCCCAGUUCUCUUUGAAACUCUACUCUAUGAAGUCAAUCUAA